AUUUUCCAUUCACUCUCGCUCUACAAUUUGCCUCCUUGUAACAUUGCAAUUUGCAGGGGCUACGCUACUUCUCUCUUCUCUCGCAGCUCACACACAGGCGAAGCACCUCGGGAAUGCAGUUCGUCCGAAGAUUUCGUGUCCAUAUUUCGUCGACGAUACGAGCAGCAGUGGGUUUAUACGACCAGCCUUACGACUGAGCUAAUAACUGAAUCGGCGAUUGUGUGAAGAGGAGACAUCCGUUUGACCGGGAACUUCGAUUUUUGUUACAAAAAAUCUUUGGAAAUGAGCAACAAGGAAACAAAAACUCGAGUUGCAAAUGCCUUUCGUGCUAUGAAGGCCAUUGGGAUUACUGAAGACAAGGUGAAGCCAGUAUUGAAGAGUUUGCUGAAGUUGUAUGACAAAAACUGGAUCCUUAUUGAAGAGGAAAAUUACAGAGCACUUGCUGAUGCUAUAUUUGAGAGACAGGAAUCAGAGGCAGUAGAGCAGUCAAAGAAGACCAAUGACGCUCAGACGAAGGACUACCCCGAUGAAGAAACUCGUGUAAAUGAAGAACCAGAGCGGCCGCUAAAAAGGUUGCGUCGUGGGCUACGAAAUGGUCAACCUUCCUCCAAUACAACCAUUGAUGACAUGCCUAAAACUCCAUUGAUCAUACCUAAAGAAGAACCAACAGAUCUACCUGAAGCCAUUGUUCCCCAACCAAAUGCUUCAAAAGCCACAGCAGAGUCACCUCAACCUAAGUCCAAUGUUGGAACAAGCCAAUCCCCGGCCAAAAAUAAGGGAAAACAGCCUGUUUACCCCGGACCCUUGAUUACCGAGGGUGGUGAUCCCGGCCACCCAAGUACCACAAGUAGAAGUCAACAGAAUACCCAGUUAAGAACUUAUUCAAGAUCUCAUUCUCAUGCAACGAGACUUAGAGACCGAGGGACAGGAGCUGCCUCCCUUCAAAUUUCACCUACUGAGGAAGGGCCAGUACCCGAGAAUUCUGCUCGAACUGGAUGUCAGAAAGAGCCCAAGGACAAAACCAGCAUUCACGUGUCUCCUGAAAAGGAGAACACAGAAAAUAAUUCUUUAAUCAAGCCAAAAGAUGAGCCACUCACCUACGACACUCCAUGUUCUGUGCCUCCUAGUGUGGUCAAUCAUUCAGACACACCAAAUAGAGGAGAUUCCUCAAGCAGGCAUAGCAUGCCUGUAGAACAUUGUGUCGCUGAACCUUUGGCAUUGGAAUCCAUCAGUGGAAAAGAGCCAAUGGAUGAAAUUCCCACAUUAAAUCAACCAAUAAACAAUAGUGAGAUGGCACUGACUGCACAGGAGUGCUCUUCUAAUGUAGAGAUUGCUUCCUCACCUUCUGGAGAGGUGAAACUCAUGUUGAGCUGCAAAUUGGAUCCUGGAAGGUCCGACUUCCAUAUGCCUAGUCUUGAAGAAGUUCUGAAUUAUGUUAAAGAUAACCAUCUCAUAUCAGCCAAAAGUGCGGAUCCUAAUACUACAGUAAUGAGGAUUAUGGAAGAAAUUUGCGAAUGCUUUUUGAAGUUAGGAGCUGAUUGCAACAGCCAGUCACCAAAGACCAUAGGCAUGGGCCUGACUUUAGAUCCAGUGAGUAAAACUUCUGGUAUAGAUACUCUCGAAGGUGGGGAUUUGUGCGGUAGUUCUCUCAAUGGUCUGGUUGAUACUCAGUCUGUUGCCAAGUUAACUGAUUCCCAGACAUCUGUGCCAGCGUCAUCUUGCAAUGGUACAGGCGUUGUUCCUCAGCCGAACAACAUGAAUGCUGCAGAUAGAGAAACCAAAAAGAACUGUGAUCACGUCACAAAUGCCCCAGGACUGAAUGUUGUUCAGAAACCUACACUGCCUAAUGAAGCCAUCAAAUCACUUCAUGAUGUUGACAUUGCAAAGGGACGAGAAAGAAUCAUAAUUUCUAUAGUAAAUGAAGUCAGUGACGAACUUCCGCCGUCUUUCUACUACAUAUCCCAAAAUGCAGCAUUCCAAAAUGCAUAUCUGAAUUUCUCUCUGGCUCAAAUUAGGGAUAAUAAUUGCUGUGCUACUUGUGACGGGGAUUGCAUGUCGUCAUCUAUACCUUGUGCAUGUGCGCAUGAGAAUGGAGGCGAGUUUGCAUACACCGGCGAUGGCCUUGUUAAGGAGGAGCUUCUUGAGGAAUUUAUUUCCCUUAAACGUAAUCCCACACGACAAUGCCAAUUCUUUUGUAAGCAAUGCCCUUUGGAAAGAUCAAAAUGUGAGGACAUCAUCGAACAUUGCAAAGGGCAUGUCACGAAGAAGUUCAUAAAAGAAUGCUGGCGGAAAUGUGGCUGUAAUAAGCAGUGUGGCAAUCGAGUGGUUCAGAGAGGAAUAAAGUGCAAUUUACAGGUGUUUAUGACUCCUGAAGGAAAAGGCUGGGGUCUACGUACUGUGCAAGACCUGCCCAAAGGUGCAUUUGUCUGUGAGUAUGUCGGAGAAGUUUUAACCAAUGCGGAGCUAUUUGAGCGAGUUCUUAAAAGUCCCGAAGCAGAGAAACAUUCGUAUCCAGUGCUUCUUGAUGCUCACUGGUCUGCAAAAGAAGUGCUGAAAGAUGAAGAGGCUCUUUGUUUGGAUGCUACAUAUUAUGGAAAUGUAGCAAGGUUUAUAAAUCACAGAUGUUUUGACGCAAGCUUAGUGGAGAUACCUGUGGAAGUGGAGACUCCCGAUCAUUCCUACUAUCAUGUUGCCUUCUUUACUACAAGAGAAGUGAAAGCCAUGGAAGAACUCACAUGGGAUUACGGCAUUGAUUUCGAUGACCACGAACACCCCGUGAAGGCCUUCCAUUGCCAAUGCGGCAGCAAGUUCUGUCGCAACAUUAAACGUUACAGCAGAUCUCGGGCUGGCAGGCAAUGAUCUCCGUGGCCGUGGCCGUUAAUUUUUCUCUACUUUGUUAGGUACUAGGGAUGGCAACUGUCAAUCAGGCAUACAUACAUAUAUGGUCAAUCCAAUCCCUGAAUGAGAAACCAUUAUAGUCCUGAGUCCUCUAUUCCAGUUUCUUUGUUCUAUCGUAUUACUACUGAGUGUGUGUUGUGCUGUAUGGUCGUUAGUAAUGUAGCUAUGAAUUGUUGAUGGUAGAAUGUAUGUAGCAGACCUUCUGCGGUGUUUCUUUGGUAGUUCCUAUAAUGAUAGCUUGGUUGCUUCGGUUCA